AGUGAAGUGGAUAGACAGACAGGCAGACAGACAAAGAGGGGGGAGUAUACAGGAGGGAGUUUCUUAGCAGGUAAGGAAAGAAAAAAAAAAAAAGCAAGCAAGGAAAAAGAAAGAAAAAAAGAAAAAGGCAUGUGUUGCUCUUUAGUAGUGUGGGCGAAGCCAUCCGAGCAGAGGCAGAGAGCCUAGGUCUGUUUAAGUGUAGGGAUUUUCAUAUGACACAACAACAACAACAUGAACACUAUGAGUGUCGUGUGAAAUAUUACCACCAACGGGAACUGUUUUACCCCCUUAAUUAAUAUUUGGAAUGGAUUUUAAGUACUUAUUUUGGAGUUCACUGAUUUGGGUUAUUACUUACACACAGCAGUAAUACAAGGUGCUAUGUAUUACAUGCAUGCAUUUACCAAAAAUGUCCGAAGAAAACAGGAGUACAACUCAUAUAAAGACUGAAGCUGAAAGCACUGAAGGCGUGGAACCUCAUGCAUCGAGCCAAAAUGGUUCGCAUAAGAACAGGCGUGGGGCCUGUAGCCGUACACUGAGUGGACAUUUGUCCCGAGUUGAUGAGGAACCAAGUACUACAGAGCCUUCUAAAGAACAGAGUAGCAGCAGGGUUGAAACUGUCGAUCGAGGGGUUGGUCCAACUCCUUUCCCACCACACAAUGUUGACCCAAGAAUUCAACAUUUCUUUGGUGGAAUACCACAUCAACAGUUCCUGGAUCCAAGGAAUGGUCUGCUGGAAACUUCUCCAUAUGGUAUUCCUUUUCCUUACCCAACUCUUCCCAUCAACCAGUCGUUGCCCUUGAAUACUCACACUUUAGAAGGACGAUACCAUUGGCCACCACCUCCACCGACAGCAUUUCAUCAUCCAACACCUGGAUUAUCCAGCAGUCCCUCCCACCCGGAAGUCUCCAUAUUGAGUAUGCGAAGUCCAAUAAAUGCAGAUGCUGUGCCACACUUUACAUCUCGGUUACAUUGGGAGCAGUUACAGAGGAAUUUGUACCACAACCAACUGGCCUCUCGGAGAUGUAGCCCUGCCUCGUUACCAGGUUUUCCAAUUGGAAGUGCUGGUUCCCUGAUAGAUUAUCCGUCCCCAUUAAGUCUAAGUCAGCGCAGUAUGUUCUCAGAGAUCCCACCAACGCCUGGCAGUGGAAGCAUCACAUUACCAGCAUCUCUUGAAAGUUCCCGAUUAACAAGUCCCCGACCAACCAAUAUAUCAAAAAGCCGCAAGCGGGCUUUGUCUCAUUCUCCAAUAUCCGACUACUUCGACAUCCAAAGCUUAACGCGAAGUUCUGAAGGCUCACUCCAGUUAACACCACUUCCUCACAAUUCUCGUAGCUCAAGUGCUGCUAGUGGCUCCUAUGGUCACUUAUCUGCUGCUUCAUUCGGAGCAGUAAGUCCAGCACACCAACACAUCCCUACAGCACCCUACCUCCGUGCCACAGCUUUCGCACCAUCACCAUUUUUUUACCCAGUCAUGCAUCCAAUGUUUGCCCGACAGCCGCCUCUCGGUCAAGUCUUGCCGCCUUCAUCUCAACCAAUUGCUCAUCCAAUUCCAAAGCAUGAACCCCAGAUGUCAUCCUCCACAAGCAAGUGUGAUGCAGGUAGUAGUGUGGUCAGUAGUAGUACAAUGGAACAAGCAGCAGACAUAUUUAAACGAUCCAAAAUUAAAAAAGAAGUGGAAUGCCUCCAAGCAGUGUCUGACCCUGGUGAAGAAGAUGAAGAAAAAGCCUGUGCUGAAGAUUUGCAGAGAGGGAGCAAUCAUAUUCCACAAGAAGGUGAACCAGACUUCAUUGAGACCAAUUGUCACUGGGAUGAAUGCUUAAGGGAAUUCGAAACCCAAGAAGAUCUGGUUCGGCAUAUUAACCAGGACCACAUCCAGUUGAACAAGAAAUCCUUUGUGUGCAAGUGGAGGGAAUGUAACCGAGAAGAGAAACCUUUUAAGGCCCAGUACAUGCUGGUCGUCCACAUGAGACGACAUACAGGAGAAAAACCCCAUAAAUGCUCAUUUGAAGGCUGUUCGAAAGCUUAUUCACGGCUUGAGAAUCUCAAAACUCAUCUUCGGUCCCACACUGGAGAGAAACCGUACAUGUGUGAAUUCCCUGGAUGCACGAAGGCCUUCAGUAACGCUUCAGACAGAGCGAAACAUCAAAACAGAACACAUUCGAGUGCGAAACCCUAUGUAUGCAAGGCUCCCAACUGUACGAAGCGUUACACAGAUCCCAGCUCACUGAGGAAACAUGUGAAAACAGUGCACGGUCCUGAGUUUUAUGCCAAUAAGAAGCACAAAGGCAAUGAACAUGGCCAUUGUAACCCAAAGACAGAACCGGAUCAUAAUAAAGACUAUAAAGACGAUGGCAAUAACAAAAAGGUUGAAGAUUGUUUAACUGUGACAUCUCUUCAAGUGGCUUCUUCAUCACACCGGAGAAAACCUCGAGAUACAAUGAGUUCCUCAACUGGACCAAGCCAUCAGUUAUCUCCAGACAGCAGUCCUGAAGUAAAUGUUACAUGCAGUACUGACCACCAUAAUGAUCUGAUUGAGGACCAUAUUACUGGAGGUUCACAGAUUACUAGUACAGUGAACACAGACGCCCUUGAGGAAGAAUCUGAUAUCCCAGAUGUUGAUGAAGUAGAUAUUCCUUGGCAAAAUACUUUGGUGACUCGAACCAACCGUCUCAAUACUGCCAGGAAUAUAAACUCCAAACUAAAAGGAAGAGUUUUAAAUAAAACGCCAGCCAUGUCCAUUCUUCCAGAACUUCCUAAUGUAAUGAAUAAUGGUAACCGUCGGUGUAAUGGUCACACGCAGCUGACGAUAUCUGAUUUAUCAAAUAAAAUACCACAGAUUAAGAAUAAUCCACAACACAAAAGGAUAGCUGACCUAACAGGUCGUCAAGAACUUUAUACCACUUUGGGUAACCCACCAGUUCGCAGAGACAGCAACACGAGCAGCACAAGUUCCUACAUGAGCAGCAUGCGAUCUGAAAACAGCCCGUAUCCCUAUGGAAGUGUGGGCAGCCAGUUUUCUAGUCGGAGGUCAAGUGACUCUUCACAGCUUUCUACUCACCUCAGCAUCACAAAUUCUCCUUAUGAGUACGACAUCACUGGGAACCUGCCAAUGAGUUCUCGUCGGUCGAGCGGUGAGUGCAGUAACAUUGGUAACAUGACGGCACAGCUUCAGAAAGCGUCUCUUGGGAGCCAAACAAAUCUAAUGAACAGCAGCAGCCUGAAGAACAAAUACCAAAAUGAGAGGUUGGCAAGGUUCUUUGCCACAAGACGGGAGAAUGAUGGAGCAAGAACAAGCACACCUGCUCGAACACCUUUGCCUCAUGAAAUACCUAACCGAGAAAUCAGAAGAGCAAGUGACCCUGUCCGUACUGCAGAUCCAAAUUUUGCUGCACUGAAGUCACUGCAAAGGUUCCACAGUUUGAAUAUGAUGCGACCCCUUCCAAUACCGAAUAACAUGAGGAGCCUGCUGAGUAAAACAGACUCCAUGAACACGUUUAACUCUUCUCGAAGUAGCAUUGCAACAGAUUAUAGCAUUGCUGAGGACCAGGAGAGUGGUAUUGGGGUUGCCAUGGAUACCGUUGAUAACGAAGCAUUAUUGGAAGAGAAUAUGCUCGAAGAUAACGAAGACAUCAUCAUUCCAGAUGACAUGCAGAAGUUCUUGAAUGAACGUUAUGGUGUUUAUUCCAUAUUUCCUCUUAGCAACGGUUAUAUAGGUGGUGGUACAGGUGACGGCAACGAGAUGGCUAACGUUGCUAAUGGCAACAGUAAUAAUAAUAGUAACGGUAAUGGCAGAGAUGUGAACAUCUCUCCCAUGCAUGCUCCGUCACAGCAUUAUAUGACCAAUCAAAACACAAACCACCAAACAUCAAACACAUGCUCCUCGCAGAACAACAGUGCACAAGGACAGGUGUAUGGUAUGGGCCAGAACUAUCUCGGCAAUAACCUCAAUCAGGGAAUGGCCUAUUCUGCUGAACAAAUUAUGGCAAUGACAGGUAACAAUAGUACCAACCCCUCACCUGCUGCAAUGCAAGCAAGUAUGGCUCAAAUACAGCGAUGGAAUGCUGCAAACCAGAAUUUUAACCAAAGCAAUAAUGGAACUUUACCGGCAAUCUCAGGAAACUCUGCCCCAGGAACGCCAUCAUAUGGCAUGAACAUGGCAAACCUUCAGCAAAACUCAGGUGUUCUUGAUCAGAAUCUCAUAACUCAACCUCUCAAUAAUCAAUGGAUUAUGUCUCAAGGAAAUAAACCUGGUAUGGAAUCGCGGAACCAGCAACAACAACAACAACAACAACAGCAGACUUAUGGUAGUUCUUCUCCGAAUAAUAUUCUCAAACUACCGUCUCUCCCAACUCAGAAACAGGAACGGAAAAGUCCGCAGGUUCAAGUGCCUCACAUUAGUCAAUCACAAAUCCCAGCUCGAGCGAAGGCCAUAAAUCGGAGCCAACACAACGUUAGGCAACAACUACAACAACAGAUGCUGUCUAAUAACCGCAGCAGUGUUCCACCCCAACAACAAGGAAUGUAUAACACUUCAAACCCUUACAACCAACCUCUACCUAAUGUUCACUCAAACUUAUAUGUGCAGCAGCAGCAGCAACAACAACAACAACAGCAGCAGCAACAGCAAGCUACUAAUGCUACUGGUUGCCUACAGCCACACCCACCACCUGGUCCCCCACCACCAGCUAAUUAUGCACCAAGCACUAAUCUAAUGUCAUCGUCCACGCAGCAGCAGCAGAUUGCCCCUGUGGUCCCUUCUACAGUGAUGUACAAUCAAAGUCAAACUAAUCCGUCUGUCUCAGCCCUUCUCGGUCGACCAAGCUGCCAGCUCGGAAGUGAACAGGUGCAAAAUUCCUUCCCCAGUACCCUUGAAAUGUCACCGGGUUGUAACCAGGUGACAAGCUCAACAGACAAGGCUAGAAACCCUUCAGAACCCCCUAUUGAAGAUUUCAUGGACAAUAUAAACUCAAUAUCAACAGAAAAUUUGAUAGACAAUAUCACAUCUUUAUCAGCAGAAAAUAAUAACCGCCAUCUUCUUUACAGUCCGUCUAACUUGCCCAACAGUCGAAUGUCCCAAGCCUCUCGCUAUACAAACAUGUCUCUACUGAGUACCGACAAUAUGGUAGUCAAUGAUAUGAGCUCAGUCCUGACUCAGUUAGCUGAAGAAAAUAAGUUCCUUCAUAUGAGGCCUUAAUUUUAAAAAAAGAAAUAAUAAUAAUAAUAAUAAUCAAAAAAGUUACAGAAACAAAAGAAAAAAUGCUCAGCCCUUUUUAUUUGGGUCCUUUUUCUAUGUAAUAUGAGCUCAUUCAUACAUAUGAGUUCUGUGUGUGAGGCCUCAAUUUGUAAAAAAAAUACUCAGUUCUACUAAUUUGUCUUACAGUCAAAUGUUUCAGGGCUCUCCUAGCUUCAACAUAUCUCACCAACAUACUAACUACAAUACAUGAUGGUCAUGGAUCGAAGCUCUCUGUCCACUGAGUCUUCUGGUUUUUGACUAAUUUCUUGUGAGAAGAAAUUAGUAAAACAAAAAACAACAAAACAACCCCCCACAAGUCAUAAUGUUAUUGACAAAGCAAUUGGAUUCUGAUUGGUCGUUUUUUUUCUCUCAAUUUUUUUUUUCUUUGUCCCCCUUACACAGUUUUUGCUUUUGUUAAUUUCUCCCUCCACUUAUUUUUUUUCUCCAUUUUGCAUGAUAUUUCUCAUCCUAUCUUUUUUUCUACGAAGGGCAAAGUGCUACCAUGCAAUUAAAUCUUUGCUCAUUACAGGCUCAUAAUUGUACAGAAUCACCUAAACGGUAUUCGAUUUGGUGCAGGAGUAGAGCUCUUGACUGAACGACCUUAUAUUGAUCUUGCAUUUCUUGGAUUGGUUACUACACAGUACAACACAAUCCAAAGAUCAAAGGUCAAAAACUACAAUGGAAUUUUGAACUCUGAACUAUAUUCUAUUCAUCAGUAAUGCUAUCUCUCAGUACCUGUUAAAAGAUUUAAACCCUAAAGUGAUUCAAAGCAGGGUUACAUAAAGCAUUGAACUGGAGGAUCACUUCACUGUUUCUCAAUCAGAAGCAAAUGGUUUCAAGUUCAAAUCCUACCAAAGUUAAUUCUGUCUUCCAUCAUGUUGGGAUCAAUGAAUUAAGUCCCAGUUGUGUCUACUGGAAUAAAGAUAAAAAUUUAUGACAGUUAAGAGGGAUUACUUCUUUCUACCAUGGAGUAAAAGUCAAA